AUGCACUUCAGCACCGCCCUCUUCGCCCUGGCCACCGCCGCCACCGCCGCAAACGCCAAAGUCUACGGCAAAUGGAACGUCACCAUCACGCAAUACGCACUCGACUCCGGCUUCAAGUCGCAGAGGCUGCUCGCGGACUUUGUGUCUGACGAGUACUCUGGCAAGAACGUCAUUCACACCAUCUGCGACUACGAGUACGACCCGAGCAGGAACCCCAAGGAGAGCAAGACCUGCAACCCUCCUACUUUUGACUACGAGUAUGAUGGUGAGACUGUCAAGGUCCAGCAGAAUAUUGAGAAGCCGAAUAAGAUGACUGUCUUUGGUGAUGCUCCUCUUACUCUUAAGAAGGAUGAAAGCGUUGAGGGUGUCUCCUCGAAUGGCGUCUUCAUCGACGCUGACCGUGCCAUCGCGUAA